GAUCAGUUCAUCCUGCCAUCAUCACUUCUCCUCUUUUCCAGGGAGCUGUCGCGUGGUCUGAAUAUUCAUUCCUGUUGCUUAUGAGUGUUUUGUACAUGUAUCACCGCUGAUAUCAAUUGCCGAAAUGAUGACCUUCCGACCUCGAAUGAGCCUCUUCUCUGCCCUUCGCACGGCCCCAGCUCGACGCCGCUUUGCGACUGAGGCGCGGUUAACCACGGACCAUGUCCGCAUCGUCGAAGUAGGGCCACGGGAUGGUCUACAGAACGAGAAGAAGUCGAUCCCACUCAAGACAAAGCUCCAGCUCAUCGAGAAGCUGGCUAAAACGGGCGUAACGACAAUUGAGGCAGGAUCUUUUGUCCCAGCGAAAUGGGUGCCCCAGAUGGCCAGCACUGCAGAGAUCUGCGAGCACCUCCUCCAGACUCCCCCACAGUCGCAGAACGCUAUUGCCUACAACUACCUCGUCCCUAAUGUGCGGGGUUUAGAGAGCCUGAUCAAAGUCAUGGAUGCCACAGGUGUCCCGGCAGAUACGACAGGCUCUGCUACGAAACCUCCGACAACAACCGAGAUAUCCGUGUUUGUAUCAGCAACAGAGGCAUUCUCUAAGGCCAACAUCAACUGCACAAUCGAGGAGUCACUAGAACGCACCCGUCCGAUCGUCUCGUUGGCAAAGACGAAGAACAUCCGAGUGAGAGGCUAUGUUUCUGUUACUCUGGGCUGUCCGUACGAGGGCCCCGAUGUAUCCCCAGCCAAGGUAGCUGAUAUCACGGCAACGCUACUUGAAAUGGGAGCCGACGAGGUGUCGGUGGCUGAUACUACGGGCAUGGGCACGGCACCCCGCACCAUGAAGUUACUGCAGGCUCUGAAGGCGGCCGGAAUUGCGAAUAAUGAUUUGGCGCUGCACUUUCAUGAUACGUAUGGACAGGCUCUCGUCAAUACCAUUGUAGGUCUGGAGCAUGGUAUCCGCAUCUUCGAUAGUAGUGUGGGUGGUCUUGGUGGUUGUCCUUACUCGAAGGGUGCAACGGGGAAUGUCUCGACGGAGGACCUUGUACACACCAUUCACGGUCUGGGCAUGCACACCGGUAUCAAUUUGGAGGAGAUGGCCAAGAUUGGUUCCUGGAUUAGUGGGGAGCUGGGUCGGGCUAAUGAGAGUCGCGCAGGCAAGGCCAUACUGGCGCGGAUGGAAGAAACCACUCGGAUCCCUUCCUUCCCCUAUCAGGUUAUGUCUUCUGCUCCUGACGGGCAACCAAUGCUGCCUCUUCCUGGAGCCCCGUCUUCUUCAUGGUCCCGGUUUCGUGAGAGAUUCGGUGCACUGUUCCAUGGCGCUGACCCCAGGGUCUGUGCUGCAUUCUGGCUACUUGGCUUGAUCAACAAUGUCCUCUAUGUUAUCAUUUUGUCCGCUGCCCUCGAUUUGGUAGGGCCUAGUAUCCCCAAGGGCGUUGUUCUUCUCGCAGAUGUCAUUCCCUCAUUCGGAACGAAGCUGAUUGCACCCUACUUUAUCCAUUUGGUUCCAUAUCCUGCUCGGGUAUUGUUCUGUGUGCUAUGUUCAGCUCUGGGUAUGCUUUUAGUGGCCCUGAGCCCAGCAUAUACAGAUGGCGGUUCAAUUUACACCAAGAUCGCGGGUAUCAUUCUGGCGAGCUUGUCGAGCGGAGGAGGUGAACUGAGCUUCCUCGCACUGACGCACUUCUACGGCCCGUUUAGUCUGGCAGCCUGGGGCAGUGGUACCGGAGCUGCCGGGCUGGUCGGUGCUGGUGCGUACGCCGUUGCAACUACCUCUAUGGGGCUCAGUGUCAAGUCGACGCUCCUAGCAGCUGCCUGCCUACCAGCGAUCAUGGUGGUGAGCUUCUUCGCCAUUCUGCCAAGGGCCCCCAUACGGACAUUGCCUGCUGCACCUGUUGAGUAUCGUGCGAUUGACCAGGAGGAUCGGGAUCAGGAUGACCCUCUCGAUGAGCGGCACGGUCUACUCGGCUCGUCAGUUUCCCCAAGCCAUAACAAAGGGAGCGACGCGAGUCAGAUGCUUAGCUUGCGGGUGUUUAAAGCCAACCUGCAGCGAGCCAGGGGUCUUUUCUUUCCCUUUAUGCUUCCCCUGCUGCUAGUCUAUGUGGCCGAAUACACGAUCAAUCAAGGUGUCUCUCCAACCCUUCUGUUUCCACUUGAAGAUUCGCCGUUCGAGCAUUACCGUGCGUUCUAUCCCGCGUACAAUGCGAUCUAUCAGGUUGGUGUUUUCAUCUCUCGAUCGUCGACCCCUUUCUUCCGCAUUCACGAUCUCUACCUUCCGUCACUGCUGCAGAUCAUCAAUCUGGUCGUCUUGACGUUAAACGCCUUAUUUGACUUCAUCCCAAGCGUGUACAUAAUCUUCAUAAUCAUCUUCUGGGAAGGGCUGUUAGGGGGACUGGUUUAUGUCAAUACUUUCGCCGAAAUUGGGGACCGGGUACCGAAGGAGGACCGCGAAUUCUCACUCGGAGCGACGACUGUCAGCGAUUCCGCCGGAAUUUGUAUAGCGGGAUUUCUGGGAAUGGUGUUUGAGUUGAAAUAUGAAUUUUUCCACCACGUCCUUGGGCGGCCAUCUACAAAGUUCCGGAAGAUCCAGGUUCUCGCUGUACUUGUAUUCUGGUCUACCUAUCUGUUAAGAGGAAACAAGAAUGGCCCUCCUUUUAUCCGCAAGAUCUCGUCGCGCCUUUCGAAAAAGCUGAGCGUCUGGCAAACCACUGUCCUUGUUUUCCUCUGGCUCUACAUUUGCCGCAAUUUUGCGAAAAUUGUCGGCCUUGAGUGCCCUGAGCCUUUAGCCAACCUAUACUCGCGCUCCUUUUUCCGGGCAACAUGGAUCGCGACAGGAUUAGACGCUGGGUUUUGGACGGCAAUGGGGAUAAAGCCAAAGUGGCUACGAGAUAUUGCGUCUCUGGUUUUCUCUGGUUACUACCUUAUCGCAGCAGAACAGGCAGAUGAGAAAGUUCGCCGGGUACGUGCUACACUCACAGUAGAGCAUAUGCGUGUGUCUUGGAAUAAGAGCACCACACCGUAUCUCUGGGCACUCGCCAAAUUGGGCCGCCCGCGGCUCACGAGGUACCCUCCGCGUGCCAUCCGUAUCUCCCGACCAGCGUCCUCGAUCUACAAGGAGCCGACAAAUGCAUGGCUUUACUUCGAUGGGUCAUUGACUGCGCUACGUGAUCAAACAUGCAUUGUCCUCGAUGUUCCUGGGGGUGGAUUUGUUUCGAUGAGCCCUCGGCAUUCCGAAGACCGACUUCUGGCCUGGGCGGCGAGAACCAAAGUUCCCGUACUGAGUCUCGACUACAAGAAAGCACCGGAGUACCCGUAUCCGUAUGCUUUAAACGAGUGUUAUGAUGUAUAUCAUUCCAUUGUCUCUACCCGUGGGCGGUGCUUGGGCCUCAACGGACGGACUCGUCCUCGUGUCGUCAUCACUGGUGAUAGUGCUGGUGGUAAUCUCGCCACAGGCGUCACCCUUAUGAUCCUUCAAUCCGGCAGUACACAUGCCUCUAGAUGGCAAGGACAAAACAUGCUUCCACCCCCGGACGGGCUGGUUCUACCCUAUCCCGCGCUAAACAUGAAGAUAGAAAGCUGGAUGACGGAAGAGCAAAUGGCGUUGAUCCAAGAGAAAAGCACACGUCGAACCAAUGAGAGCGUGCUCCGAAGGAAAGAUAUGGAUUAUCACCGGUUGACGCCGUUUACUUCUCCGGGAACGUCGUUCGGAGAUUUCCAGCGUGACUCUUUCUCUGAUGCAGACUUGGAAGUUGGAAAUUUGGUUGACGCGACCUCGGAAAAAUUGGCGCAGCAACAGAAGAUGGACAUUCCUGAAAAUGAAGCGGCUGCUAUCACUGAGCACCAGCCCAAGCAGAUCCAAACACGGCUGGCCGUCUCGUCGAUGAUAUCUUACGUCAAUGAUCGUAUAUUAACCCCUGAGAUGAUGAGGGCAAUGAUCAUCCUAUAUAUCGGACCGCACAACCUCCCCGACUUCAAUACGGACUACCUACUCUCCCCAGCCUUGGCUCCCGAAGACCUCCUAGCACGCUUUCCCAAGACGUACAUUAUCACCGGAGAACGUGACCCUCUAGUCGACGACACGGUCAUCUUCGCCGGGCGACUAAGACAAGCUAAGCUCCGCCAAUUUCAGGAACGACAAGAACUGGGCCUCGAAAAGUCUUAUCGUAGGUUCAACGCUAAAGACCACGUCGAGGUAUCCCUAUUGCCCGGUAUCUCUCACGGGUUCAUGCAAAUGGCAGGCUUCUUUCCCGAUAGCUGGAAGCACAUCUAUCGCUGCGCAAGUUGGAUUCAAGAUCUAUUCGAUCUCGCUCAGGCUAAAAGAUCAUCCUCUGGUUUUACCAAAGCCCUCGCCAACGGUACACAGAUACCAAAGGGACCUAAGUCCGUUCCUCGCGGAAAUAACUCGCGCAAUCAUAGACGCCAUCUCACCGGAGAGUCAUCCGGCGACGAGGAUAGGCCUCUCGAGAUAGGCACCAAGAAAUUGACACCACUGACGCCACUGCAUCGCAGCUCCAGCGCACCCAUCGACAGUACCGAUGUUGAUAGUCAAGCUAUCGCUGCCAAGGAUGGUGACAGCGAGGAUGCUAAAAAGGAACGCAUUCGUAGCGUCUCCCGAGGGCGAACUCUGCGACCAGGAAUCACCAAGAAACAGCGUCCCAUACCCAUGAAGUUAACGAUACCUCCUCGAGACGGGUAUAUCUCUGGAUCGCCGAGUCCUGUUCCUUUGCGGGAGAGGAACCGAAGUAUCAAUAGCCUUGCCAGCGAGGAAGACCUGAUUGACCGGCGCAUGAAUGGUAUAGCUGGAGGGUUGAUGGGAAUUGGCGAGGGUGCUAGGACGCCUUAGCUACCGCUUUGGGGGGAUGUGCAUGCAUUGUAUUGGUUUUUGUGAGCUUAUAUAGAUACCUUACUACACUUGAGCAUUUUAGCGAGAAUGCAUACCUUAUGUAAAAU